AUGAAGGCAAAACCUGUAUCGAAAGCGCCCACGCCACCGAGCACACCUCCCCACACAGCCCCCCGCACACCUCCCCGCACACCAAUCGCUAGGACCACGAAGAAGAAGAGGUCGAAAGCUACCACGUCGAAGAAGAAGACGCAACUGCCCACUCCAGAACCUACGCCGGAGCGCGACGAUAUCUAUUCGCAGUAUGUCUCGCCACUGCUGUCAUACAGCGACGCACGGAGGAUCACGACGUUUGAGCAGUGGUCGUCGGAGCUGGAACCGCUCUUCGAGAUCACCAAGAUCGCGGAAGCGUCCUUUUCAGAGGUGUACCGCUUGUCAGCUAUAUCAGCAACGACUGGUCUCCGAGAAGAGUCGGUGCUGAAGGUGGUCGCACUGAAGUCCCCCGCAGGCGAGCCACUGCCAUGCCAAAGGUCAGAGCGCGCGGUCAGGGAUAUGGAAAAGCAGCUGGCGAAGGAGACGGAGGAGAGAGAAGAGAAGAACUGGUACAAGUCGCACGUGGCCGAUGUUCUGUCCGAGGUCAAGCUUCUGCAGAACCUAAACUACAUCCCGGGCUUCACCAACUUCCGCGAUCUCACCGUGCUCCAGGGCCGGCCGUCGUCUGCGUUCAGCGACGCGUGGAAGGCGUGGAACAAGGACCGCGCCCGCGGCAAGAAGAGCUGCUUCGCCGACCCAAGCAAGAAGAGCAGCUACGACGCCACCCAGCUCUGGGCCGUGGUGGAGAUGCAAGACGCGGGUAUCGACUGCGAGAAGCUGAUGGAGGCCGGUGGUCUCGGCACAAUCUGGGAGAUCUGGGACGUGUUCUGGGGCGUGUGUCUGAGCCUCGCAAAGGCAGAGGAGGCGUGCCGCUUCGAGCAUCGCGACCUGCACAUGGGCAAUAUCUGCGUGCGCUCGUCGCGCUGCGCGCGUAACCACGUGGUGCAACCUACGAUUAAAGACCCGCUGCGGCGCAAGUUCAGAUUCUCGGGCCUCGAGACUACAGUCAUCGACUACACGCUGUCGCGCGCCGACGUGGUCGCACACGACCGCACAGCGCCGUCACGCUCCCAAGACACCGACACUGAAGUCGCAUACCUCGACCUCAGCAAGGACCCCGCGCUCUUCCAGGGCGACGCCGCAGAAGAGUAUCAGUACGAAAUCUACCGCUACAUGCGCGGCGCAGCCCUCUACAACAACCCGCUGCAGAACGAACCCACCGCAGAGCCCAACCCAGCACCAACGACGCCCCGCCGCUCGCCGCGCAAAAACACACACAUCCGCUUCCCCGCGUCGCCCGCGACGCCGUCGCGCACCGACCCAGACACCAACCCGGAUACCGCCCCAGACACCGCCCCAGACACCGCCCCAGACACCGACCCAGACACCGCUCCAGACACCAACGUCUGGCGCGCAUUCCACCCCGGCACAAACCUGGUGUGGACACACUUCCUCCUGCACAAACUGCUCAGACACCUCAGCGGGUUCGAGCCAGAGCACCUAUCGGCGCGCGACACCAUGGCCAACGUCGAGCUCGGGCGGGACGAGGGCGUGUCCGCAGCGCCGCUGAGGGUCAAGGCUAAGGCUGUGCGGCUGCACGAGCGGCUGCAGAGGGUCGGGGAGUUGCUUUGUCCUGUUAAGCUGGGGAGGGAGGGGGGGUUGGGGAGUGUCAAGGAACUUGUGCUGUACGCGGUGGGGGAGGGGUGGUUGAGGGUUGGGGAUGUUAGUGGGUAG